CCUGCCCUGAGGGGGCGGAGCUUCUCUGCUCGGUUGUUCCCGUUGUUAGGGAAGAGUCCAGUCGUUAAGGAAAAGUCUUUCUUUGUCUCCGUGUCGGUUUUUUCUUUUCUUCUUCUCAUUAUUAUCGAAGUGAAUAAUGCGGGCUGAGACAUGAAUCGGAACCAGGAGGCCCGGGGAGUGGUUCUGACCGGUUACAUCAGUAACAGCCAGGCUUUUUCUCCUCCCUGUGCGGCUGAUCCUCCUGCUCCGAGCGCCGGGGACGCGCCUGAAGCCGCGGGAGCGAGUCAAAAGCCCACUCAUGUGCAGAAGACGCGAGCGGCAUCGGCAGGAACCAGACCGCCGUACCAGCGUUGCAGCUCUCAGGACUCGCUGGACUCGCUGGCCAUGGACGACUACUGGAAGGAGAUGGAGAUCAUCCAGCACAGCGGAGACGCCGAGCCUCAUGACGAGGUGCAGCUCAAAGUUGCAGACGAGGGCGAACAGGAAGAGGCGUGGCUGACGGAGGCGGGAUUGGCGACGCUGUUCGACGAGUCGGUGUCGGACGACGACGACGGCAAGGUCCUGCUGUCCACCCUGACGCGUACGCAAGCCGCCGCCGUGCACAAACGCCUGGAGACGCUGCGCAAACGCAACAAACCCCACAGCGUCCCAGACGUCAGGGACAUCUUCAAACCACACGACGCCAAGGAUGAUGAGUCCAUGUCCAGUAAAGGAAGUGAAACCACAAAGAAGGAAGAAGAAGCAUCAUCUGGUGUGGGCAUGACUGUGGAAAACGGAGAGGGCAUGGCCGAUACGGAGACAGACAUCAACCAGGAGGUGUCGUUCUCUGAGCAGGCGCUGAUCUACAAGGAGGGGUUAAAGGUUACACCACCCAUCAACGAGGCCGAUGACAGGCUGCCUGAUUUUAGGGUAGUGAGAGAUAAGACAGGAAUGACUAAAGUAGGAAGUCUUUCUCCGCCCGAUAUGAAGAAAGUUCACCACCUGGUCCUGAUCGAGGUGAGCGCUCUGUUCGACACGGCCGCCAUCGACCUCAAGACCCACAAACCGAUCAAGGUCAAGGUCAAAGAGUUGGGAUUGUUCGGGGUUCCCCUGACAACGCUGCUGGAGCAGGACCAGAAGAUUAUGCCAGGGACCCGUGUGCCGAUCAUACUGCAGCGGCUCAUUUCCCAUAUAGAAGAUGAGGGACUGGAUACAGAAGGGAUUUUGCGGGUUCCUGGAGCAGCCACCAGAGUGAAGACUGUGUGCCAGGAGCUGGAACUGAAGUUCUACGAAGGCUUGUUCCCCUGGGAGACUUUAAAGCAGCACGAUGCGGCAAGUGUCCUUAAGCUCUUCAUCAGAGAGCUUCCUCAUCCUCUCCUCACCGUGGAGUACUUCAGUGCCUUCUUCUCUGUGCUUAAAUUCCCAAUAAAAAAGCAGCAGCUGCAGGCGCUCAAUUUGCUCGUGCUCCUCCUUCCGGCUUCCAGUAGAGACACGCUCAAGGCGCUCUUGGAGUUCCUCCAGCGAGUCAUCGACCACAAGGAGCGCAACAAGAUGACGUUGAAGAACGUCGCCAUGGUCAUGGCACCAAAUAUCUUCAUGUUUAAAGGCUUCCGAAGCAAAAUCUCAGAGCAGCAGGAGUUCGCCAUGGCGACGGGGAUGGCCAACAUCGUCUGCCUUCUGAUACGAUACCAGGACCUCCUCUGGACCAUCCCGAAGUUCGUGAUGACGCAGGUGCGGAAACAGAACAUGGAGCGAAAGAUGAACCGAGACCGAGCGGUGAAAAAGCUGCUGAAGAAAAUGGCCUACGAUCGUGAAAGGAACAGCGAAAAAGUGGAGAAAAAGGAGGAGGUGGUUAAAGGAAAAAUGGAUGGCAGCUUCAUCAGGGUCCAGGCCCCGCAAUUUUUAAAGGUGUCCAUGGCAGUAGAGCUGACUGAAGAGCUCAGGGCAUCGGACAUCCUCACACGCUUCCUCAGCCAGGAGAGCUCAGUGCCGGUGAAGAGAGAAGAUUUGUAUCUAUAUGAGAUCGGAGGAAACAUAAAGGAGCGUUGUCUGGAUGAGGAGACGUACAUGAAGGCCCUCCUGGAGCUCAACCCUACAGCCGAGUGGGUCAUCAAGUCUGUCCAGCGCUAACUCGGCUCAACGACCUGCCAAUCAAGCAACCAACCAAUCAAAGGCCUGACCACGGGAUUAAAGGGAAACUUCUCCUCCAUCUUCUCUCCAUCCUUCUGAUCAAAUGAUUUUCCAAAUGAUCUGCUUUGCUUUGCACUUCAGAGUUGUGCCAGGGUGGAGCGUCGAUAUUUGGAAACAUGAUUAUUUUUUAAUAUAUUGAAUUAAUAUUUAUAUACAAAUGAGAAUUGAGGAUUUGAUUAUGACGGAUGGACAGAACGCAGGAACUUGGACGAGUUCCUCAGAAGAAGGCGAAGAACCUGAGAGAAACGAUCAGGGCUACGUGGGAUCAAGAUUGUUUAAAAUAAUUUUUUUAAUGCUUGAACACUAUAAAAAAAACACUGAAAGACUCUCUCAUGCUUUGCCAAAAGUAUUGGGACACCCGAAUUUUUCCACCCAUAGGUUGGUCUUAGAACUUUGCUUGAACUAAGAGACCCAAACAAAGUGCACAAAGCCAGCUCCAUUAAAAGAUCUGCUUUCUAUGGCAUGAAAGAUGUGAAAGAUCUCCUACUCUAGAGCUCCAGCCCUAUUGAGAUGAUUCGGAACGCCACCCCAGGCCUCCUCACCUCACCUCCAUUAGUACCUGACCCUAUCUACUAACACCCUUGUGGCGGGAUGAUAGCAAGUCUUCUAAAUAUUUCUCCAGAAUCUCCACAAAAUCUCCUUAAAUUCUCCCGAAAUUCUCCUUAAAACCUCCCGAAAACCUUCUCAAUAUCUCCUCAAAAUCUCAACAAAUUUCCACAAAACAUCCCCAGAAUCUAGCGGGACAUCUUCCCAGGAGAGUGAAGCUCAUUAGAGCAGUGAAUGGAGAUUUAAUGUGGAAUGUAGAUGCCCCAAAAAAAAAAAAUAGAACAAAAUCUUAUGUGUGGGUGUCCAUUAACUUUUGGCAGAAAGUGGGCGUUUCCCAAAA